AUGGUCCAGUCCGUGCCUGCCAUCCGCCUCUCGGCGACCGUCGACCUCGGCGACGCGCUGCACGACACGCCGACGGGCAUCUACUGCGGCUGGGCGACGGUCGACGGCGCCGGGCCGUACAUGGCGGUCGCCAGCGUCGGCUGGAACCCAACGUUCCAAAACACGGAAAAGACCAUCGAGCCGCAUUUGCUGCACGAGUUCACGUCGGACUUUUACGGCGCCAAGAUCGACCUCCUCCUCGGCGCCUACAUCCGGCCCGAGCUGCCCUUCUCGUCGCUCGACGCGCUCAUCGAGGCGAUCCAGUCGGACAUUGCCGUCUCGCGCGAGUACCUCGCAACUUCGGAAGGCCAGGCCCUCUGCGCCGACGCCCAUUUCGAGGUCAAAACCGAGUAG